CUCCGCACUCUCCUCUCGUGACUCUCUUUCUCUCUGUCUCUCCUCUGUAACACGACAAUAGCUGUGCAGAACCAAGAAAUACCUGCUCUCUUUGUUUUCUAUGAUCUUUACAUGUCUGUGUAUAUAUGUAUUAAAAUAAUAUAUUAUAUUGUUUUGUAAUUUUUUCAACAUUCACAGCUCCGGCUUCUAGUGUUUGUUGCUUUCCGCCAUCCGCUUGACUGAGUCUCUCUCUCUCUCUCUCUCCAUCUGAAACCAACAAAUUUCUACAUCUCAUGUCGAUUUCUACAAUUUCGAUGCUGUGUUUGUGCUGAAGGUAAAAAUGAAAUGCUUUCAUUUCACCAACGGAGAGAGAAGGGAUGACGACGACGGCGAGGACGGCGUCGUUUCCAGGUUAUCGAAGGUGUCGUGGGCUCGUUCUUUAAGUGUGGCUUCGAGCACUGUGGAUACGAGACGGUCCGAGUUUGAUUCGGAGUCGAGCAGGGACUUUACGGAUUCGUUUGGGUUCUUUGAAUUUUUGGCCCAGAAAAGGGCUAAUGAUCUGAAAGUGUUUACGUUUGCUGAGCUGAAAUCUGCGACCAGAGGGUUCAGUAGAUCUCUGAUGAUCGGAGAGGGAGGAUUUGGGUGCGUUUACAGAGGUGUUGUCAAGGUAAGGGAUGAUUGUGAGAAUAGGAGUGAGUCGAGGCUGGAUGUGGCUAUCAAACAGUUGAAUCGCAAUGGAUUCCAGUAUUCAGGGGCAUAAGGAGUGGAUUAAUGAAGUUAAUUUCUUGGGCGUGGUCAAGCACCCAAAUCUUGUCAAGUUAGUGGGAUACUGUGCAGAAGAUGAUGAAAGAGGGAUUCAACGGCUUUUGGUCUAUGAGCUUAUGCGUAAUAAAAGCUUGGAAGACCAUCUUUUGACCCGGGCACCAUCUCCUCUCUCAUGGACAGCAAGAUUAAAAAUUGCCCAAGAUGCAGCUCGUGGUUUGGCAUACCUUCACGAGGAAAUGGAUUUUCAGUUAAUAUUCAGAGAUUUCAAAACUUCAAAUGUUCUUCUGGAUGAGAAUUUUAAUGCAAAACUCUCAGACUUUGGGCUGGCUAGGCAGGGUCCCGCUGCCGGACUAAGUCAUGUUUCAACAUCGGUUGUUGGUACCGUAGGUUAUGCUGCCCCUGAAUAUGUCCGAACUGGCAGGCUGACUGUGAAAAGUGAUGUUUGGAGCUUUGGGGUUGUUCUCUAUGAGCUAAUCACAGGAAGGCGUGCAGUGGAGCGUAAUUUGCCUCGAAAUGAGCAGAAACUCUUGGAAUGGGUAAGACCUUAUGUGUCAGAUCCAAAGAAAUUCUGCUUAAUCAUAGAUCCACAACUCGAUGGACAGUAUUACAUUAGGUCAGCUCAGAAACUUGCAUCCCUAGCCAACAAGUGUCUCAUGAAGCAGCCAAAGUCCCGCCCAAAAAUGAGUGACGUGGUUGAGAUGCUUGGAAAUAUCAUUAUUGAAACAUUACCGCCAGAAGAAUGUGUCCCUGACCCUGUGAAAGAAACGGAAGAUGCAAAGGAAGAAAUUUUAGAGGAACCUGAGAUAGGAAAACAGGGAACUAAUCGAAAGAGGGUUUUUGAUUUUAGAGAAAUGGUGAGCUUCAGGAACAAAUCUAUUGGGAAGUUGGAUUGGAGAAACUGGACACCUGGAUUGGUAAGAACAUGGUGAUGGUGACAACCUGACUUGCCUGCCAUUCUCUCUCCCUCUCUCCAUUACUUAAGAGUUGUAUUUGGUGUUGGAGGAAGGCUGCAUUGACUAGGUAUGUAUGCUUUUCAUUCAACAUGUUACAACUUACAAGGUCCGCGUUCCCACUUAUAAUCUACAUGGGAUUUACUUGAAUGCAGCCCUAGCUAAUUCUAAUAGUUUUUCUAGGUUUUCAUGUAUACAAUCAAGUUGAACUAAAAUGGACCACUGGAU